AUAAGAAUCAGCAUAAGGGCUCUUUUAGCCAACAGAGAUGUCCUGGCGGUUUUGCCGACCAGAUACGGCAAGAGUUUAAUUUAUCAAAUGUUUGUACGCGCAAAGAACUACGAGCCAAAUGGUACCGCCAUGUUUCUCGUCAUUUCGCCAUUGAAAAGUAUAAUCGAAGACCAGUUGCAGGAGAUGGAAUUAUUGGGCUACCACGCAAAAGAUGACAAUGACAUUCGCCAAUGUAACUUCAAAAUUGUGUUUGCGACUGCUGAAAAAGUCAGAGCCUUUCCAAGCUAUGUUGAUGGACUCUAA